GACUGAUCCUAGGACUGAUCCUAGGACUGAUCCUAGUAUUGGUCCUAGGACUGAUCCUAGGACUGAUCCUAGUAUUGGUCCUAGGACUGAUCCUAGGACUGAUCCUAGUAUUGGUCCUAGGACUGAUCCUAGGACUGAUCCUAGUAUUGGUCCUAGGACUGAUCCUAGGACUGAUCCUAGGACUGAUCCUAGGACUGAUCCUAGGACUGAUCCUAGUAUUGGUCCUAGGACUGAUCCUAGGACUGAUCCUAGUAUUGGUCCUAGGACUGAUCCUAGGACUGAUCCUAGUAUUGGCCCUAGGACUGAUCCUAGGACUGAUCCUAGUAUUGGUCCUAGGACUGAUCCUAGGACUGAUCCUAGUAUUGGUCCUAGGACUGAUCCUAGGACUGAUCCUAGUAUUGGUCCUCGUCCAACUCUGCUUGUGAAAGUUGGCUGA